UUUUUGCUUUCUGCAUAGGCUGACCUGAUCCAGGAGCCCCUGGUGGUGUUUGUGUGCUCCACCACAGGUCAGGGCGAACCUCCAGACAACAUGAAGAAAUUCUGGCGAUUUAUCUUUCGAAGGAACCUUCCUGCAAAUUCCCUCUCCUUGAUGGAUUGUGCUGUCCUGGGUCUUGGAGAUUCUUCCUAUCCAAAGUUUAACUUUGUUGCCAAGAAGCUGAGUAAGCGGUUGAUUCAGCUGGGAUCUAAUGGAUUGUUGCCUGUGGGAUUAGGCGAUGAUCAGCAUGACCUGGGACCCGAUGCUGUAAUUGAUCCCUGGUUAAAGCAGUUUUGGGAGCAAGCCUUGAAUCUCUACCCUCUGCCGCCAGGGUUAACCGUGCUUGGUGAUGAUGUCAUAUUGCCUUCAAAAUACAGCUUUCAGUUUGAGGAUGAUGCAACCAGUGGUGUCUCAGUGGAACCAUACGACAAAAAUGCUCAAGAUAAAUAUCCACCCUCUCAGCUCCACCCAUUUCCUGCUCAGAUGAUCUCGAAUGAAAGGGUCACAGAUGAAAAACACUUCCAGGAUGUUCGGCUCAUCACCUUUGAUAUCACUGGUUCCAGCAUUGAGUACUCUGCAGGAGAUGUGGCCAUGAUUGAACCACGAAACUCACUAGACAGUGUUGAACAGUUCUGUCAACUCCUUCGACUCGAUCCAUGCAAAAAGUUCCUGCUGAAGCCCAAUGAUUCCGCUAUUCCACUUCCUGCUCGAUUGCCACAGCCCUGUACUGUCAAGUUCCUGGUGGAGCGUUAUCUGGAUAUUAACUGUGUCCCACGACGUUCGUUCUUUGAUCUUUUGUCAUACUUCUCUCCUGAUGAGAUGGAGCGGGAGAAGCUAAAGGAAUUCAGCUCAGCUGAGGGCCAGGAUGAGUUGUAUAGUUACUGCAACAGGCUUCGCAGGACUACCUUGGAGAUUCUGUAUGAUUUCCCUCAUACCACCUCUGCCAUUCCGGCCGACUAUCUCUUUGACCUCAUUCCCGAAAUCCGACCACGAGCAUUCUCCAUUGCUUCAUCACAGCUGGCUUAUCCCAGUCAGAUUCAGAUUCUGAUGGCUGUCGUUCGGUACAGGACCAAGUUGAAAAAGCCUCGUUGUGGCCUUUGUUCCAGUUGGCUAGGAUCCCAGAACCCACAGCACAGUGCUGUGUAUGUGCCAUUGUGGGUGAAGAAGGGAGUGCUGCAAUUUCCUACAGACACCAACACCCCCGUAAUUAUGGUUGGACCCGGCACAGGAGUGGCACCAUUUCGAGCAGUAAUCCAGGAACGUGUGGUAGAAAGAAAGAGAGGCAAUUACCUAUUUUUUGGCUGCCGAGGGAAGUCCAAGGAUUUCUUCUGCCAAGCAGAGUGGGAGGAGCUGAACCAGAAGGGCUUGUUGACCCUAUUCACAGCCUUCUCUAGGGAUCAGGAGGAUAAGAUCUACGUCCAACACCGGAUAAAGGAGAACGGAUCUCUCAUCUGGAAACUAAUUCAGAAUGAACAGGCAUAUUUCUACAUAGCAGGAAAUGCUAAGAUGAUGCCAACACAGGUCACAGAUUCCCUGCAGUCUGUUUUCCAGUCGGAAGGUGGCCUCUCAGAGCCCGAGUCUGAGCAGCUUCUCAUGGAACUGGAACGAUGUGGUCGAUUCCAAACGGAGACCUGGUCCUGACCAUCCCAGGGUGUAUUGGGUACAGACAGCUGUGUGUCACCCAGACCAGGUUUGGAAUCCAAGCUGUACAUUCUGUCCUUCUGAAAUGGAGUGACAGCGAGUAUAGUCCCAUUGCAUAGAACCUAACUCUGGAUUGGUUCCCAACUUGAUCGCGCACCUCACCCCCCUGCCAAGGGACUGAAAAGAAAGUGAUUGUGUAGUGUUGUAAUUUAUCAUUCACAAAAUUGUUUCAGCAAAUCACAGAUUCCUCAGUCAACUGUGAGGAUAUUGAAGAUUCCAAAUAAAAUGGAGACAUAUACCAGUGGGCUGAAGAUUGAAUACUGAUACUUUUUGUAUGUGAUAUUGAUGCUGAUUAUGAUAAACUCAAAGACCACAUCUUCAAGAAACUCCUCCAUACUUCUGCUGCUGGAACCCCAGCCAUUCAGGGAAAGCUUCCAAAUGAACUGUGGCUUACCUGUCGUGUUUUUUUACCCUGACACAGCUUCCACAUAGAGGCUGGAGCUGUGGAGCAAUGAAAGGCUGGAUCUGAUGACAACCUUGUGUUCAUUCCUGGAAGUGCAUGCUUCUUGUCCUCUCCCAUUUCAGGCUACCACUCCACCCUCAACCAGAGUCAACUAUUACCCACUCUCUCCAAACAGGUACAACAGUGACACGCUGUUCCAGAGCCAGCAAGCUGCUCCACCCCAGCUGGACUUGCUCCUGUGUCAAAUCUCUGUACAGGAGAAGGGAAAAAAACUGAGCACCUGACAGAUACCAUCAUCCCAAGGCAACAGGGUCAAAGACAGCCUGGACACUGAGCUGAUGACAAGGUUAAUGGCUGCUCUUGAGAUCAGAAGACUACAAUAACUGAAUACUGGAGCAAUACGUUGCAACAGAAAGCAAGAAUGAGCUAGCCAGUAAUGAUACACCAGAGAUGAAUAGACAGAUGAAGGGACAAUUUAACCUAAAGGAAAGGAAACACAGUGGUUACACAGACACUAAAGACAUUGAUAACAAAAGGGAAUAUGAAAAGAUUGGGAAGAAAGUCCGAAAAAAAAGUCAAAACUACAAAAAUUAAUGAAGAGUAUAAAAAGAAAAACUAAGAUAUUCCAAAAAAUACCCAAAUAGUAAGUAAAAUCAGGAUGAGUUUUAUAGGUCACACAUGAUAAACUCUUUCAUUCUUCCAGCCAUUGUGAUAUCAUUAUUUAUCAAUGGAUGUUAGAGUCGUAGAGUGAUACAGCACAAAUUCAGACCCUUCAGUCCAACUAGUCCACUCCGACCAUGUUCCCAAACCAAACUAGUCCCAUUUGCCUGCGUUUGGUCCAUAUCCCUCCAAACCUUUCCUAUUCAAGUACCUGUCCAAAUGUCUGUUUAAAUGUUGUAACUGUACCUGCAUAUGCCAUUUCCUCUGCCAGUUCACACACAAACCACCCUCUGUGUAUUAAAAAAAAAACUGUCCCUCACCUUAAAAAGUGCCCUCUAGUUUUGAACUCCCCCUCUGUAAAGAAAAGACCCUUGUUAUUCACCUUAUUUACACCCCUCAUGAUUUUAGAAACUUCAGUAAGGUCACCCUUCAACCUUCUACGCUCCAGCAAGAAAAGUCCCAGCCUAUCCUUAUAAUACAAACCCUUAAUAAUGACUAAUCAGUAAUCUUUGGUGUUUACAAGGGAACUGAGUUGACGGAGCAUGACAUGAGAAUAAAAGAUCAAAAAUAUAACCAGAAGGGAAAUAAUCAACAAAUAAUGGAACCUGAAAGCACAGAAUGUAAGUAUUGCUGUAAAUGAAAGAGACGCGCUAUCAAAUGCUUCAGGAGAGAUCUAAGAAUACCAAAUCUCAAAGGGAACAAUAUAUUGCAUGAGAAGAGGGUGCUUGCAAAUUCAUUGGUAGCUGGACUCUGCUUGGUUGAGGUAUUGCCAUGGAGAAUGCAAAGUUAUUAAAUUGGGAAAGUUGUUGAUCCCAAGGUUUAAUUUAAAUUGAAAACGGGAAAAUUGACUCUGGUUGAGGUGUGGCUAGGGGAAUGAAAAAAGGCACAGUUGCCUCUCAGGCCUUUGUUUAAUUGAAUGAACUUGUUCUUUCUGUUUGCAGAGGACAAGAUGGUGUGUGUGAAUAAAUAUAGUUUCUAGCACAUGUAAGUGAGUCAUUCUGAUGAUCUUAAUUUGGUGUUAGUAUAAUUCUGGGUACAUUUGGGAUUGCUGGAGAAGUGAUGUUCAGACGUGGAAUCACAUCUAAUGAAGGACCCUAAGUUCUUAGAUUUGGAAGCAUGGACUGAUUGAGUACAAUGUGUUGCAAACAGGUUGUUGGGUGUGAGCUACUAGUCGUUGGGGCUCAUGGCCUACAUAUCUGACACCACACUGGCACUGAAUUGCAUGCACCAUAUUACUCAUUGUGAUUCCACGAGUUGACUCUCAGCCUUUCUUGAUCCAAAACCAUGGAUUUUUGUAAAUCAUUAUAAGCUGUGAACAAAUAGAAUAAAUUCUUUUUCAUGCCUUUA